AUGGAGGCCUUGGCGUCUGCCGCGGCGCAGCACAGCAAGGAGAUGCCUCAAAUGAUCCAAGCAGUCCGAUCGACGGGUGCAGAGAUGCUUAACAUUGGCGAGAGAGAGGCUGAGAGCAAAAGCCUGGACUGGGUCUUAAGACGUGGGCUUCUGAUUCGAAAUGCUGAAGGCAUUGAGGCCUUGGCUGCGCACGCUGCCAAAGACACUUGGCGGACUCUCUGUGGGCGAGCGGUUCUGCAAAGCCUGCUCCACCUCGCAGACCAAGAUCCAGACGGGCUGAGGCUCAGUCCUGCGGCGCAUGCAGCGAUCAUGUUGGGAAUCCCCGCUCGCGAGGUACAUGCUGCCUUGCCAUCGAAGCUACGAUUUGGGAAGGGUGCUCAAAGCCUAUUCUUGGAUUUGAGGAAAAAGGGAGCUAGGGUGCAGCAGCUGGACUUGCAGGGCGACCGCCUGCACUACAGAUUGCUGACCGGAGCCGGUCCAGCCGAGGGCUGGGUGUCGCUGAAGCUGAAGGCAGGCUGUCUACUGGCAUCUACUGUCAAGGAGACGACUCCCAAUGGGAGUUUUGAUUUAGACAGCCUCUUUGGACCUCUCACUGGGGAUGACAUCGAGAUCAUCUCGCUCUCAGAGGACGUACGUGUUCGUAUAGCCACGAUCAGUGAUAUUCACGUUGAUCAGAAGAUCAACAUGGAAUGGUUUCAGAAGCACUUGCCUCGAAAGGCUGCUGGUCAGUUCAAUGUGAUGAUCCUGCCCGGAGAUGUGUCCGACGAUGUGGCAGUCCUCCAGAAAACUUUCAAAAUGCUCACUGAUAGCUUUGACCUGGUGUGCUAUACGGCCGGCAACCACGACUUGUGGGUAAGGCGCCCUGGGAGUCCCGACGACUCCCUUACGAAGCUUCGUCAGAUCUGUAAGAUCUGCGACGCCUUUUCGGUGCGUGUGCGGCCUGUGCAUCUCCGCCUGCCCAAUGCCCGUGACGUUCUGAUACUACCCCUGCUUUCCUUCUACGCGUCCGCUUGGGAUCAGGAGCCUGACCUCGUUUGGUGUCCACCAGAACAGAAAGCGAUGACUGGUUGGUUGGACUUCCGCAUCCUCAAGUGGCCACAGCAGCUGAUCGAUGAGGUUGUUCGCCGCGAGGGCGAGUUCAAAUUUGGAAAAGAUGGCACGUCGACGGCUAUUAGUGAAAUAUUCGCGCAAGCAAACGAGCCGCUGCUGGAGCGGGUUGAAGCUAUGAAGCAGAGCAAUGGUGGCGAUGAUGAUUUCAUUGCCAUCUCGUUCUCGCACUACCUGCCCAGACAGGAGCUUUUUCCGGAGAAGCGAUUUUUGGUGGACUCCACCUUGCCAAAGGUUUCGGGUUCGGUUGCCCUCGAGAAACAAAUCCGCCGUUUGCAGCCUGAAGUACACAUCUUUGGGCACUCGCACCUCACCGUGGACAAUGUGGUGGAAGGACAGCGUUAUCUGCAAUGGGCCCUUGGUUAUCCGCAAGAGCAGAAAGGCAUGUCUAAAGCUGUUGGCGAGACCGGCAUUUUGGUGGUGUUUGAUUCUGGCGGCGACGAGCCCCACAUAGCUCCCAUCCAAGAGACGUUCUGGGGAAGGUAUUUUGCGAAAGGUGUGCGUGAUCCUUCCCAGACUUGUCCUCCACCCUUCCUGCGAGACAUGUUCUUGAAAAUGUUCGAUGUCAAGCUGCCAUUCAGCGACGAGUACUACUUCAAGUCCACGCCAAAUCCUGGCCACGCAAUCCCAACCUAUGAGGGCCUCUACGAUCCAAGAUGGCGGCUGUAG